AUGCACAACAAGCGAACGGGUAAGUAUGUCCUGUGGGCUCACAUUGACAGCGCCGACUAUGGUGAGGCGAAGAUUGGGGUCGCAAUAGGCGACAGCGUUUGCGGAAAGUACUCGUAUCUACGCAGCGAGCGACCACUGGGCUUCGAGAGUAGAGAUUCUGGCGUGUUUGUCGAUGACGACGGCAAGGGCUAUCUACUGACCGAAGACCGCCGCAACGGCCUACGCAUCAACGCACUGUCUGAUGAUUAUCUCAGCGUUUCCAGCAAUGUCUACGUCUGGAAAGAAAAAUACGAGUCUCCGGCCAUGAUCAAACACGAAGGCGUUUACUUCAUGUUCGCCUCGCAGCUUACGGGGUGGAGCCCGAAUGACAACUACUACAGCACGUCGACGUCUCUCUCGGGUCCAUGGUCGUCGUGGCAAAAGUUCGCCGACUCUGGGUCCAACACGUACGCUUCUCAAACAAGCUUUGUACUGUCUGUGGGGGAUGGGUACGUGUACAUGGGGGACCGAUGGCACAGUGAAAAUCUGAUGAGAAGCACAUACGUAUGGUUACCGGUUGAGAUAUCUGGAACGACGGCUAGCAUGAAGAACGCUGUCAACUGGAUCCUGGACCCCGGUACUGGAGCCAGCAGGGCCGGGCCCAAAGAAAACAUGUACGAAGGCGAGACGGCAGAGCUUGCUAACGGAGCUAUAUCUCAAGCAUGCUCCUCGUGCUCGGGCUCGAAGGCAAUUGGGUACAUUGGCGGCGUGCCCUCGGGGUCCGCCACGUUUUCCAAGGUGGAAUCUUCAGCAACGACGCGCACGACUGUAAGGAUCAAGCAUCUCAACGGCGACAAGCAGCAAAGGUAUGCAGCCAUCAGUGUGAAUGGGAAAUCGCAGAGGGCGGCGUUCUUGCCAGACGGGGGAGGAGGCCCGGCAAGUUCAGUGGUGCACGUCAACGUGGAGCAGGGCGUCAACGAAGUCAAGGUUGGCGGGGUGGAUGAGGGCUGGGGGCCGGACAUUGACAGGGUGUUUGUUCCCGUAGAGUGA